GGACUGUCAUUGCAGUUGAACAAGGAAUCAUAUUACAAGGAGAACUUCGGAGAAACGAAGAAGAAAUAUUGAACAAAUGGGGAAUUAUAAAUCUAGACCAACCCAAACAUGCACUGAUGAAUGGAAAAAGAAAGUCGGUGAAUCUUAUGCUAUUAUCAUCGAAAAAUUGGAAGAAGACUUGCAGAUUCAAGAAAAGGAGCUAACCGAACUGACCCAUGUUUUUAGCUCUGAUGAAGCCUUCAGCAAAGUCAAUUUAAAUUACCGCACAGAAAAUGGGUUGUCUCUACUUCACUUAGGUUGUAUUUGUGGUGCCAAUAAAUCCCAUAUUCGGACUCUUAUGUUAAAAGGGCUGCGACCGUCCAGAUUAACAAGAAAUGGAUUUACAGCUCUGCACUUGGCAGUUUACAAGGACAGUGUGGAACUGAUUACAGCACUGCUGCACAGUGGAGCUGAUGUUCAACAAGUGGGAUACGGUGCCUUAACCGCUCUCCAUAUCGCGACCAUAGCUGGUCACCCUGAGGCGGUUGAUGUUCUGUUGCAGCAUGGAGCUUAUGUCAACGUUCAAGAUGCUGUCUUUUUCACCCCUCUGCAUAUUGCAGCUUACUCUGGCCAUGAACAGGUGACCCGUCUCCUCUUGAACUCUGGUGCCGACGUGAACGUAAGUGGGGAAGUUGGGGACAGGCCCAUGCAUUUAGCCUCUGCUAAAGGAUUCCUCAAUAUCGUAAAACUCCUGCUGGAAGAAGGCAGCAAAGCCGAUGUGAAUGCUCAGGACAAUGAAGAUCACGUGCCUUUGCAUUUCUGCUCUCGGUUUGGACACCACGAUAUCGUCAAGUUCCUGCUCCAGAGCAAUUUUGAGGUUCAGCCCCAUGUUGUCAACAUUUAUGGAGAUACACCUUUACACUUGGCAUGCUACAAUGGCAAGAUUGAAGUUGUCAAGGAAAUAAUCCAACUCUCGGGGACUGAGAGCCUGACUAAGGAAAACAUCUUCAGUGAAACAGCUUUUCACAGUGCUUGUACUUACGGCAAGAACAUCGAACUUGUUAAGUUUCUUCUUGACCAAAAUGUGUUAAGCAUCAAUCAUCAAGGAAGAGAUGGUCACACGGGACUCCACUCCGCUUGCUACCAUGGGCACAUUCGUCUGGUCCAGUUCUUAUUGGACAUUGGAGCCGAUAUGAAUCUGGUGGCCUCUGACCCCAGUCGAUCUAGUGGGGAAAAGGACGAGCAGACCUGUCUGAUGUGGGCUUAUGAAAAAGGGCAUGAUGCGAUUGUCACCCUUCUGAAGCAUUAUAAGAGACCUCAGGAUGAAUCCCCUUGUAAUGAGUAUUCCCAGCCCGGAGGAGAUGGCUCCUAUGUGUCUGUCCCAUCACCCCUGGGGAAGAUUAAAAGCAUGACUAAAGAAAAGGCAGAUGUUCUCGUCCUGCGUGCCGGCCUGCCUUCCCAUUUCCAUCUUCAGCUCUCUGAAAUUGAGUUCCACGAGAUUAUUGGCUCAGGUUCUUUCGGGAAAGUGUAUAAGGGAAGAUGCAGAAAUAAAAUUGUUGCUAUCAAACGUUACCGAGCCAACACCUACUGCUCCAAAUCAGACGUGGAUAUGUUUUGCCGAGAGGUGUCCAUUCUGUGCCGACUCAACCAUCCUUGUGUGAUCCAGUUUGUGGGGGCCUGUUUGGAUGACCCAAGUCAAUUCGCUAUCGUCACCCAGUACAUAUCAGGGGGGUCCCUAUUUUCCCUGCUGCAUGAGCAGAAGAGGAUUCUCGAUUUGCAGUCAAAGCUAAUUAUUGCUGUAGAUGUGGCCAAAGGAAUGAAGUAUCUUCAUAAUCUGACUCAGCCAAUUAUACAUCGGGACCUGAACAGUCACAACAUUCUCCUCUAUGAAGACGGCCACGCUGUCGUUGCUGAUUUUGGAGAAUCCAGAUUCCUACAGUCUCUGGAUGAGGACAACAUGACAAAACAACCUGGGAACCUGCGCUGGAUGGCCCCUGAAGUAUUUACUCAGUGCACACGCUACACUAUAAAAGCUGAUGUCUUCAGCUAUGCUUUAUGUCUUUGGGAACUGCUAACGGGUGAAAUUCCAUUUGCCCAUCUCAAGCCAGCGGCGGCUGCGGCAGAUAUGGCGUAUCACCACAUCAGACCUCCCAUUGGCUACUCUAUUCCCAAGCCCAUAUCAUCCCUGUUAAUGAGGGGAUGGAAUGCGUGCCCUGAGGGAAGACCUGAAUUUUCUGAAGUAGUUACAAAACUCGAAGAAUGUCUCUGCAAUAUCGAGUUGAUGUCCCCGGCAUCGAGCAACAGCAGUGGCUCUCUGUCUCCUUCCACGUCUUCGGACUGCCUGGCGGCCCGCGGUGGUCCGGGCCGGAGUCACGUAGCAGCUCUUCGCAGUCGUUUUGAAUUGGAAUAUGCCCUGAAUGCGAGAUCUUACGCAGCUUGGCCACAAAGACAGCACAGAAGAUGCCUCUAUCAGUGUGUUCUGAUACAGAAGAGUCUCCUGAUUUCGGAACAAUACCAAGGUCCAGGCCUGUCUUUGGAAGAUAUGCGGAGGAGUUUUCAGUGCCCACCUGUUGACAAAAAUGGCUAUGUGUCUGAUCCCCUGAGUACCAUGCGUUUUCAUUCCUUCAGUAGCAGUGGCAGCUUUGAAGACAGCAGCUGACAGUGAGGCACAUCCACCUGAGGAGAGCUUCCCCCACAAGUGACAGCAACCAUCCUAACCAUGUCAGACUUGCUUCCAAUUAGACUAGGUUGGCCCGGAAGAUCUUUAAAUUGGCUUGUUUACUUACCCAUUCCGUUCCUUUACUGCUAUAAAUCAAGAUUUCAUUUGGAGCCCAAAAGCUCCAUGCAAAAGCUCUUAAGUGAGAAUCGGUUUGAGGGAUAGUUUUAAUUUCGAAAACCCAGUUAUUAGAUUCAUUACUGGAGAUUGUGGUUCGACAGACUUUUCAGGAAGAAGGUAGCAUUCUGCCAGGCUGCACCGCGCUCUCUCUCUCAGACUGAAUUAUAUAGACAUUUGGGUCUGAGAGUUAUAUGUUUUGUUUCUGGAGAUAUUGCUCGAUAUUUUUUUUCCUAGCAUUAUAUGAUUUCAGCUUUGGGGUUCAGAGAUUAAAUCUCUUUUGCUAGAAUUCAGAUUACGUACAUGUACUCCAUUUCAUUGACAAACUUCUGUCGAUGCAUGUUAUUAUUAGACAUGUAAGAAUAAAAACAAGGUUGGUUCAUAAGCCACACAAAGCCA